GGCUGUCUGGCUGAGUACCAUUUCCCAGAAACCACCAGCCCCCAUCACUUCAGAGAACUCUGGAAUCAAGGACAAGUCUCUUAGGGAGGUGAGGACCUUGGUCUGAGAGGACGACAUCAGGUCAUUUGAGGAAGUACUCCUGUUCAACUGAGAGCAGAGUCCUACGUCCUGCCAAGAGUCAAGCCUAGAGAAGGUGUGUGCUGCUGAGACACCAAGUCCUCCCCAGAGCCCUCUGGGUUCCUGACUCUGCCUCUGCCAUGGCGGCCCCUGUGUGUAGCCAGUCUGAAGAUGAGGGCUUCAGCAGCCAAGAUGAACAGGAGACAAGCAGCAGAGAGGACUCUGGAGAUGCUGAGUCGUCACUCCAUGAUGCCCUAUAUUUGAAGAUGACUGAACUGGUGGAGUUUCUACUCCUGAAGUAUCGUGCAAAGCAGCCAACUACUAAGGCAGAAAUGCUGAGUAGAGUCAUAAGAAAGUAUCAGGACCACUUCCCUGAGAUAUUCAGCCUAGCCUCUGAGUGCAUGCAGCUCCUCUUUGGCAUUGAUGUGAAGGAAGUGGACCCCAGCAACCUCACCUAUGUCCUGGUCACCACUUUGGGGCUCACAUAUGAUGGGAUGGUGUCCAAUGGGCAAUCCAUGCCCAACACUGGCCUCCUGGUCAUGCUCCUGAGAUUGAUCCUCGCAGAGGGCGACUGUGCCCCUGAGGAGAAUGUCUGGGAAGCACUGAGUGUCAUGGGUGUGUGUGAUGGGAAGGAGCAUUGGAUCUAUGGGGAGCCCAGGGAGCUCCUCACCAAAGUUUGGGUGCAGGAAAAGUACCUGGAGUACCGACAGGUGCCCAACAGUGAUCCUGCACGCUAUGAGUUCCUGUGGGGUCCCAGGGCCCACGCUGAGACCACCAAGUUGAAAGUCCUCAAGUUUUUUCUCAGGGAUUAUAGAAGGGAUCCCAGGUCUGUCCCAUCCCUGUUUCAAGAGGCUCUGAGUGAUGAGGAAGAGGGAGCCUAAGCCAAGUUUCUCCCAGUCAUGUUUCAGGCCCACAUCUGACAUGAUGUGAGGCCAAUUCUUCACUGUGUUUGAGAAGAGGGUAGUCAACAUUCUAGGUAGUGAGGCCCAGGGAAAGUUGGAGGAAUAAGGGCUGUAGUAUCUUUGGGUUUAGAAAUUUAUCCUUGAUUUGUGUCGAAAUUUUCAAAUGUUGUUCCUUUCCAUAGAACGUUUCAUAAGCUUCAGUAUCUAAGUUUGUGAAUGACAUUGACCAUACAUUUAUUUGUACUAUCUAGUUCAAAAGAAAGAGUUUUGCUAUUGUGUAACACAAAUUGGGACACUUUCCAUCCUACUCUGUGAUCCCAAACUAGAUAAUAUGGCAUUGGAAAAGGAUUUCCUUGGAAAUGUGAAAGAACUCAUCGGUACAAACAAUGGGUUCAAGAAACAAAA